GUCUAGCUCAGUCCUUGUUUGACCUCAGCUGUGAGAGUAUUUCCCCAUUUGAGUGCACUCGGCCACAGAAGCAUCUACAAAAUCCAAAAUGUGUGACGAAGAAGUUGCUGCCCUCGUCGUUGACAAUGGCUCCGGCAUGUGCAAAUCUGGCUUCGCCGGUGACGACGCUCCUCGAGCUGUCUUCCCCUCCAUCGUCGGUCGUCCCCGUCAUCAGGGUGUGAUGGUGGGUAUGGGCCAGAAGGACUCGUACGUGGGAGACGAGGCUCAGAGCAAGCGAGGUAUCCUCACCCUCAAGUACCCCAUCGAGCACGGUAUCGUCACUAACUGGGAUGAUAUGGAGAAGAUAUGGCAUCACACUUUCUACAAUGAGCUCCGUGUUGCCCCCGAGGAACACCCAGUUCUCUUGACUGAGGCUCCUCUUAACCCCAAGGCUAACCGUGAGAAGAUGACCCAGAUUAUGUUUGAGACCUUCAACACCCCCGCCAUGUACGUCGCCAUCCAGGCUGUGCUCUCCCUGUACGCCUCUGGCCGUACCACCGGUAUUGUGCUUGACUCCGGUGAUGGUGUCUCCCACACCGUGCCCAUCUAUGAAGGUUAUGCUCUCCCUCACGCCAUCCUCCGUCUCGACUUGGCUGGUCGUGAUCUUACCGAUUACCUCAUGAAGAUUCUCACCGAGCGUGGCUACACUUUCACUACCACCGCCGAGAGAGAAAUUGUCCGCGACAUCAAGGAAAAGCUUUGCUAUGUUGCCUUGGAUUUCGAACAGGAAAUGACCACUGCUGCCUCUUCAUCCUCCCUGGAGAAGUCCUACGAGCUUCCUGACGGUCAGGUCAUCACCAUCGGUAAUGAGAGAUUCCGUUGCCCCGAGGCUCUCUUCCAGCCAUCUUUCCUUGGUAUGGAAUCUUGCGGUCUUCACGAGACAACCUACAACUCCAUCAUGAAGUGCGAUGUCGAUAUUCGUAAGGACUUGUACGCCAACACUGUUCUCUCCGGCGGCACCACCAUGUACCCUGGUAUUGCUGACCGCAUGCAGAAGGAAAUCACUGCUCUUGCUCCCUCGACCAUGAAAAUCAAGAUCAUUGCUCCCCCUGAGCGCAAAUACUCCGUAUGGAUCGGUGGCUCAAUCCUUGCCUCCCUCUCCACCUUCCAGCAGAUGUGGAUCAGCAAACAAGAAUAUGACGAGUCUGGCCCCUCAAUCGUCCACAGAAAGUGCUUCUAAAUCCCUUCGAACCCUUCUCUCCCUCGUGAUUUCCGUACUUUCUCGUAUUACUUUUCACUGCUACCGAAGUUGUGAUUUAUGUCGUGUACGUAAGAAGAGUAUUUAAUAAAUUAUGUCAUAAGUAAUUUGAAACGAUUUUAUUACCGUGUUUCACUUUGUUUCCGAUUGCUUGGAGCCCUCAGACAGGCUGACUGCUUCCUACGGCAUUCUUGGACAUAUCGAGUUCCCCAUAGUUCCACUUGUAAAUGGUCGACUUUCCAACUGAAAUUCAGCUGUUCAUUGGAAAUUGGGCAACAUGAUUUUAACUACGAAAGAAAAUUUCAGCAAUCGUGUAAAUAAAUUAGAUACUUGAUACUUGAACUUAAAUUAGAUAAUUGUUUACGUGGA